AUGACGGAUUCCACACUUUCAGUGGAAAAGUCAAGGAACAAAUUCUAUGAAACUAAGAACAGAGUUAAUAGUAAGCUUGGUGAACAUCUGAAUAGAUCUCGCAGUCUCCUCUCUGAUGUUAGAAACAGCCUUUUAAGAAGUUCAAACAGCAAUUCAAGGAAUUCUCAGAGUUAUCAUGUUGAAUCUUUCGCUCCCUUCAAGGAACAUGAUUAUAAACAGAAUUUUAAUUGUGGUAGUGAGGAAUAUAAGGGUCACCUGAGAUGUGAUAAUAUAGAUUCUUUCAGAUGUAGCACUAGGUUUUCAUCCCCCUGUUACACCACCAAAGGAGGAGCUCUAGGCCCGAGUGAGACUCCUAAACACAUGACUCAGGCAAUGUGGCUUUUGAACACCUCUAACAUAACCUGUAAUCUUUCAGACGAAAUGGUUGAGGACACCCAGGAAAAGAUUCCUGAAAUACUACUAAAGGAUCCCGCAGACCUACUCAGAGGAGAGGGUCAAGUAACUGAACUUAAGAAUCAGGAUAAACUGACUGAGAUUUUGAAUGAUAAAACAGAAGAUAAUGUGGAAUCUUCCACAGUUAAAAAACAGUUUGAUAGCUCCAUUUCAUACGAUAUUCUUUCAACCCUUGAUUUUCAUAAGAAAACUGUCGAUAACAAGCCUUUUUACGGGUCCGACGAACUAAUAAACAAACUAUUGAAUGAAUCAAAUAAUAGUUUGGACAAGAUUUCAAACUCUCUAAACCUUCUUAACAGUAAUAAUAUUCUGAAUCCUAAAGAUAAUGGCCCAGUGGGUCUAACAGGUCCAGCUAGUUUGGGGGGACUGUGCAACAUUGGUGGAUUUGAGAAUUUGGAUGUGAUAGCUCAGGAAUUUGUUAGAAAUUCUGGAAUUGACUUCAGAAAGCAAUCUGAGGCUUUAACAGAAACACUAUUAAAGCUGAAUGAGAAAGGUUUGUAUAUAGUGCUCAAUAAUUGUUUAGACAAACUGAAGGAGACUGAGCUUGCUCCUAAAAUACUGGUGGAAGAAACCAAAGAAAAAAAGGGUGCUGAACCUGAAAAGGUUGAUAAUAAAUUUCCAACCAAAACCAACAACGAUUUAGUUACAGGCCUUGAGACUGACUUGCUGAGUAACUUUUCCAUAAUUAAAGACACUAAAGUUGGCAGGAAGAUGUACAGAUUGUCUGAUUUUGACAAGAAAUUCAAGACUUCUUCCAAAUGCAACAACUCUGUCCAGGUUCAAACUGACAUUCCUGAGCCUGAGGAGGUGAUAACACCAAAGAAAAUUAAGACCAAUGUUAAGGUUGUUUAUCACAGUGGUUCGGAGGGCAGACUUAGGCCUUUGAAUGGGAUGGAAGGUCAGAAGAAACAGGAUUUAUAUGCUCAAAAGAUAGUGAGUAACCUUAAACCAAGGUUAGAGAUGAGGUUUCAAUCUCAAAAUGAAAACAAGUACAUGUACGAGGAGCCUAGUGAUGUUGAGGCUGAAAAUGACGUUAUCAAAGAAAUGAAAGAGUACAAUAGAAGAUUAGAGGAAAAAGAAAAGGAAAAGAUGAGGAAGUGGAGAUCACAGAGAGCUCCUAUAUAUGACAAAAUGAUGUCUAAUUUAAGGUCCGGAGUUGGUCAUUCUAUAAUGUGCAGAGGAGGGAAAAGAAAUUCUAGGAUACUCCACAAUUAUAAAGCUCAAAUCAGUAAUUCCAGCCCUGAUAAAAGUGAAUUGUACUAUAUUUCACCUACAAAUCGCAAAUCCAUUGAAGCUGAGAAUUUGUAUGGUUAUGACUUCGAUCAUGUUGAUUCCACUCAAGAAAACAGAAAACUAAGUGAAUCAACCUAUAAUGAUAAAUACCAUGAUCACAAAAAUCCUCAAACUCGAUUAAAACCCAAACCUGAUCUAAAAUCCUUGAAUCCUAUCGAUCACUUUGAGCAGUGGUGGAAAUUCAACACUAAAGAAUUAAACGUCCUUAGGGAACAACUUUCAAUAUAA